UCUCUGUGAUGCAGCCACAGAAAGUUUAGUUAGAUUGGAGGCUACUGCAGCGUCAGGCUGUUCUCCAGGAACAACCAGAACCUCUCUGGGGAGUCAAGUCAUCAUGGGAAACUGCACCUCAGGGCAACAGAAGAAGAAAAAAGGGAAUGCUGCACCUACUGAUGAAAGCAAUGAGAACAGGCCCAACGAGGAUGUAAUGUACGCCUCCAUCAACCACACUGGCCUUGGACCAAGACAGGACAAAGCUGCCAAUAAACACCAACCUGAUGAUGACUGCGACUACGCUACAGUUAAAAUCCAAGAAGAAGUUCCAGCAGAUUCCCACUCCGAGUCAUCCAAAGAUGAAUGUGCAGAUGAUUAUGUACUAAUGGGCUGAAGAAAAAUAAGGAGAUUAACUAAUUUGGACAAAAACAUUUCCACGGCAAGGAGGAGAUCAGCUGCUCAUGAACUGUAAGAGUUUACAGAUGAAUCAUGAUCAUAUCUUGAUUACUAAAGAGAAUCGGUGAAAAAAAUUAAAAGAGCAACAGCAGGCAGCUGUUGGGAUAUUUAGAUUCAAGAUUUUUCAAGACUUUUCUUCUCUGAGAUUUGGUUGUCUCAAAGAGAUCAGGACUGUUUGCAAGCAGUACAGCAAAUAAAACUGGACUUGAUACUUGGGAUUGGGAAACUAAAAGCAGUUUUCAUUCAGCAUCUCUUCCUACUAGGCAUGGGUCAGUAGAAAAAUAUUUAAGGCAUGAUAACCUUGACUAAAAUUACCACAGUUUCACGUUAUGAGGCUGUUAACACAAACAUUUAAAGCUCCGUAUUUUAUAACAUGACCUAAUUGCUUUAAUUAUAGAGCUUACCUGCCAGUUUGUAGCUUGGCAGUAGUAGUUUUAAAGGAAUGAGAUAACAAGAGUGAGGGUAGACCACCCUACCUUACAUUUUGACCCAGUCGAUCAGUUACUCCAUCAACUUCCCUGACAUCUCAGGUUUUAACGUUUUAAAAGAACGUUAAAACUUGAGAACAGCAUGAUGGAAAAUUUGAGCGGUUUUGAAACUGCGGGUUACUUUCAAAUGAGUAAAUGACCCUUGCCUAUUUCAUUCACCCUGUUCUUUUAGCUACAUCUUAUCCAAAUUAAUAAGGUUUUAAAGCUUCGACACAAUGAAUGUUUUAUGAAUUUCAAAUUAGUUUUCUUUCUAGGAAAAAUAGGUCAACACAACUCCUGAAUUGACUAUUACCCAACUGCAAGUUGCACGUCUUUACGGAAAGCAAAUGCGGCUAAAGCGGACUACAGGUGGUGUCAGUAUGUGUUGACUGCCUGAGAAUCCCAAAGCAUUACAGGUGGAGUAGCUUACAUUUAUAAUCGUUUGCAGAUUUAUUUGAUUGUGCAUCUGCUGCUACAAUGGCUGAAUUGCUUUUUGGUUUUAUUAUUGUUAUAAAAAUGUGGUAUAUGGUUUUACUGCCAUAUAAAGCACAUUUAAAGUAUAACAGGAGUGUAUUUGUUAGCUGUUGUGGGUGUACAUCUGCUGUCACUCUAUAAAUAUUCUGCUGCAGAUGGAGGUUGAUCUUUAUCUGUCUUGUUCUGUUUGUGCUGUUAAAACAAAACGCCCAUGCUUUGCUCCACUUUUAAGAUACACCGCAUCUAAAACUUUCGUCGAACUGCAACAGCCAGCCUUCACUGACAAUACUAACAAGGUCCGAUUUUCCUCUUAGUUAUUUGCCAGGUUAUAAAAUGUAUCAUAGAAGAGAAUGCAUUUAGCACAUAUAGUAUCUCAUUUUGCAGUGACAUGCUCCUGAGAACUGCUAUCCCCUCCCUAAUGUACUACUAAAACAUUAAUUUGUAUUUGUAUGAACAUAGUGCAAGUUAUGUUUUUAUCUGUAUGCAUCUUGGGUGGCAUAGAUGCCAUUAUUUAUGUUGGACUAAUGUGUAUGAAAUAAUUAAAUGAACUUUCUUGUUUUUAA